AUUAACCCAAAAUUUUAACCCUUUCAAUACCCUGCUCUCAUCUUCGCUCCGACAUCGCCGACGAAUUUUCCAUAUUUUUGACAACUUCGGCGAUCUCUGAGCAACUUAGUGAGGCCUCGGCAAAAAAGAAAAUUUCGUAUUACAAUGGAAGCUUUGAGCUCAACUUCUGUAACCAGACUUUCUCCCAACCCAAAUACAAGCAAUGCAAUCCAAAUUCCUCGAGUUUCCUCAUUUAGUAUUUCAAACCCAAAACAAAAUCUCGGCAAACCCCAUUUGGUUGCAAAGCUAGUAAUGCAGGAGAUGGGGAAUGAGACGCGGAGGUUUGAGUGCCGGAGCAGUUUCCAAGAAGCUGAGUUUUCUGCGGAGAGUAAAAUGGCUCAACAUUUCGAAAAUGCAGUCAGGAGGAAAAGGCUUGCAGUUUUUGUUUCCGGUGGAGGUUCGAACUUCCGAUCGAUUCAUGAGGCUACAUUAGGUGGUUCAAUCCCUGGCGACGUCGUGGUGUUAGUCACAGAUAAACCUGGCUGCGGGGGAGCUGAAUAUGCAAGUAAUCAUGGUAUCCCAGUUAUUUUCUUUCCUAAGACCGAAUCCUCACCUGAGGGAUUAUCAGCUGUUGACCUUGUCACUAGUUUAAGGAAUUUUAAUGUGGAUUUCAUUCUCCUUGCCGGUUACCUGAAACUUAUUCCAGGUGAAUUGGUUCAGGCUUAUCCAAAAUCUAUUUUAAACAUUCAUCCUUCUCUUCUUCCAGCUUUCGGAGGAAAAGGAUUUUAUGGUCUAAAGGUGCAUAGAUCUGUCAUUGCUUCAGGGGCAAGGUACUCAGGUCCUACAGUCCACUUUGUGGAUGAAAAUUUUGAUACUGGUAGCAUCCUUGCCCAGAGGGUGGUGCCUGUGUUGGCAAAUGACACUGCAGAGCAGUUGGCUACUAGAGUCCUACAUGAGGAGCACAAAGUCUAUGUGGAGGUAAUUUCAGCUUUAUGUGAAGAGCGAAUAGUUUGGAGAGAAGAUGGUGUUCCUCUUAUAAGAAGUAGAGAGAAUCCAGAUGAAUAUAGUUAGUUAUAUCAAUUGGCUUGAAAUCCAUCUUUCUCUGGUUAUUUAAUCACAUUUCAUACUAUUUUCUGGUUUGUUUCUAGACUUGGCCCCUGUGUGUCAAUCAAAUUUUUGAUUGAUAAUUGUACUAAUUCUGAUAUAUAAUUUAGAACAAUUUGGUGUAAA